AAUAGGACUUUUUACUUUGAAGCAAGAAUGAGUAGCACCGACGCAGCUCCGCCGCCACCGCCUCCGUCCAGCUCCAAUGGAUCCAAGGUAAAGGCAAAGAAGCAGCAGACGGCCAAGACACCAAGCAAGGUCAACGUACUUCCAGGGUGGCUCGAUGACUCGGUCGACCUCUUUGACUUUGACUGCAACGUGACCCAUCCCGAGUUCACCGGGCAAGCCGAUGCACUGAUCGAGUCUGCGCGCCACCUCCGCGUGACACAGAUGCUUGUUCCUGGAUCCACGAUCGAAGAAAGCCAGCAGUGCCUUGCCCUCGCUCGUCAACACCCCACCACCGUGUUUCCCACGGCUGGCGUCCACCCGUACAACGCGACAAAGCCCUUCGACCCCAGCGACUUUGCGAUCCUGUCGUCGAUGGCCGCCGACCCGACCGUCGUCGCAGUGGGGGAAUGCGGCUUGGACUACUCGGAAGGCUUUCCAUCCCCCGACCUGCAACUCGAAUGGUUCGGUCCCCAACUGUCCCUCGCUGUGUCGCUGCAAAAGCCUCUUUUCCUGCACGAGCGUCUGGCCCACAAGGCCUUCGUCGAGGCACUGACGCCGCAUAUCCCGACGCUACCGCCUGCGUGCGUCCACUGCUUCACGGGCACCGCGGACGAGGCUGCCGUGUACAUCGGCAUGGGGUUCUACAUCGGAAUCACCGGCUUCGUCUGCAAACAGCCGCACGGCGCGGCGCUGCAGUCCAUGCUCUCGUCCGGCGUCCUCCCCCUCGACCGCCUCGUCGUCGAAACCGACGCGCCGUACAUGGGCUUCCCCGGCUGUCGGUCGUUCGAGCCGUCCGGGCCCAAGAGGCAGUUCCCCAACGUCCCCACCAGCCUGCCCCACGUCGUGCAGGCCAUCGCCGGCUGCCUCGGCGUGUCAGCCGCUGAAGUCGCGCGGGUCACGACUCGGAAUGCGCGGCAGUUCCUGCGACUGUGAGACCCGUUGUGUUGUACUGAUCAUAUCGAACCAAUAUUAACUACCCCACUUUGAUUGCGUA